AACGAUUCCGAUCACUGAGGCUAAGCUUGAGCUCUCAAUCAAAUCCCAGAGACGAGGAGUAGGAAGCUCUGUGGAGACAUGUAAGAUGGCAGAGCUGCAGAUGUUACUAGAGGAAGAAAUUCCAGCCGGUAAACGAGCUCUCGUAGAGAGUUACCAGAAUCUUACGAGGGUCGCGGACUACUGUGAGAAUAAUUAUGUUCAGGCACAGGAUAAGAGGAAAGCCCUGGAGGAGACCAAAGCCUACACCACCCAGUCGCUGGCAAGCGUGGCCUAUCAGAUCAAUGCCUUAGCCAACAAUGUCCUGCAGUUGUUGGAUAUCCAGGCCUCGCAGCUGCGCAGGAUGGAGUCCUCCAUUAACCACAUAUCUCAGACUGUGGACAUCCAUAAGGAGAAGGUCGCCCGUCGAGAGAUCGGCAUCCUGACAACGAACAAGAACACAUCAAGGACUCAUAAGAUCAUCGCUCCAGCCAACAUGGAGCGGCCCGUGAGGUACAUCAGGAAGCCCAUCGACUACACAGUACUGGAUGAUGUGGGCCAUGGAGUGAAGUGGCUUAAAGCCAAGCAACAUGGCAACAAUCAGUCAAUCAGAGGAGGAACUCUCUCCAGGACCAAUCCCCCAACACAGAAACCUCCCAGCCCACCCUUGGCAGGACGAGGCACUCUUGGACGUAACACUCCUUAUAAAACACUUGAGCCAGUGAAACCUCCAACAGUGCCCAACGAUUACAUGACGAGUCCAGCUCGCUUGGGCAGCCAACACAGUCCAGGACGCACUGCGUCUCUCAGCCAGAGACCGAGAACCCACAGUGGCAGCAGCGGAGGCAGCGGCAGUCGAGAGAACAGUGGCGGCAGCAGCAUCGGCAUUCCCAUCGCCGUGCCAACUCCCUCUAUUCCCAACUCAGUCCCAGCCCCACCCUCAUGGGCUGCUCCCCCCGAUGCUCCUCCCCCAGCACCCCCUCCUCCACCCCCCCUCCCCGGCCAGGUCCCACCAAUGCCAGCCGCUGCUAUAGCUGUGGCUGCUGGGCCAGGUCUCGGGCCCAUCCCCAUGUCGCAGUUCGGCACGAUAUCUCGACAGAUCUCCCGACACAACUCCACCACCUCCUCCGUCUCCAUGGUUUCUGCCACGGGUACAUACCGCCGAGCGCCGUCCGUCUCUUCCCAGUUCCCCCUGCAGCAGCCGCACGUUAAUGGGGGCACAAACGCAAUGUCUAUGGCCCCCCCUCCUCCACCCAUGCCUCAGCUCACGCCACAGAUCCCGCUCACAGGCUUUGUGGCCAGAGUACAGGAAAACAUUGCAGAUACCCCGACUCCUCCCCCUCCCCCUCCCCCUGAUGACAUACCCAUGUUUGACGAGGCUCCGCCUCCACCGCCGCCUCCACCAGUCGACUACGAUGAUGAAGAGGCGGCUGUAGUGCACUACAGUGACCCCUAUGCAGAUGGAGAUCCUCAAUGGGCCCCCAAGUCCUACAUUGAGAAAGUGGUUGCCAUCUACGACUACACCAAGGAUAAGGAUGAUGAACUGACCUUCAUGGAAGGAGCCAUAAUCUACAUCAUCAAGAAGAACGACGACGGCUGGUUCGAGGGCGUUUGCAACGGCGUCACGGGUCUGUUCCCCGGAAACUACGUGGAGUCGAUCAUGCACUACGCCGACUGAAGGGACCUGACCGACAAAUCAUACACAACGUAACAAUCAGAUCUUGACCACAGCAUAGAGCGUGUACAAGCGUGUUCCUGACAAAUGGCGAAUCAUAAAAAUCGAUGAACCUUACUUUGUGGUGAUGGGUGGAUGUGGGCAAAUAGGGAUGACCAACAUAAUGGGAGGAAGUCAGUGUACAUAAAACGAAAGUUAGCCUGUGGGUGUCUAUAGUGAAUGUCAAUCACAGUAUCUUCAACAGUCAAUACAACAUGUGAACAUGUAAAGUAGAUGAUUGUCUCUGCUUUUAUGACAUUUCCAACUAAAAGUCUGCCAUUUAUUUGGUUUCCUUUUAUAUCUUCUCUCCAUUCACAAAGAAAUCACUCAUUCUUAUAAACUAAUUCAUUUUAAUGUUUUAUCUCAAAGCACCACAUCAUUGCCCCAAAGUGUAUCAAAAUCUUAACGUAAAGCAUGCAUACAAAAUUGAAAUAUGUAUUGUAACCUAAACGUUAAAUUCCAUUCUGCUUUCGUCUUUCUAUUAUUUACAGUACACACUUUUUUUUUAAUAUAGGCAUUUGUAGACUACUUAUUUUUAUGCUCUAAUUUUUAGUUUAAUAUUGAUAUAAAAAUCUUGUUUUUUUAAUUUGGGGUAAUGAAUGCAAAGCACAGAUUUUUUUUUUUUUUUCUCCCCUGAAGACUUAAAGAAGUCUCUCCCUACAUUUUAAUAUUUUUUUUUAGUCAAAGCCACAAUGACUAAAGUAUUUGCUACAAUGAACAAACAUGAAUUCUAUGUAGAUAGCUUUAAUAUUUAGUCUGUAAAGUAUCGAAGUAUCUAAAGGUCUCUAAUCAAUACAUACAAAUCACGGUUUUUAAAAUGCUGGACUUUUUUUUUUUUUUUUGAUGUCAUGGUCCUGUAAUUGCCACAUUAUUUUCCAGUACCAAUACUGUGGUUGGCGCAUUGAACAAUGAACUGAGGAGUAUCAGAAUCACAGUCUUGAGAUGUGAACUGGUCUAGUUACUCAACUCAGGUCUGGCAUUAAUUCCUACUUUUAAAUUUUUUUUUUUUUGUCUCUUUCAAUUUU